UAUGACAGAGAUCCUACCUUCUCCAGAGAUGCAAGGUUCCUCAUUGGAUAGUGAAAUCGAGAAUUCAUCCUCAAGCAGCUGAAAUGAUGAAAGCCUCACUAAUUUUAAGAUAAAAUGAAAUAUCAUUGGAAAAGAGGACUGUGAGUUGUUCCAAGAUUUAGACGAAAGAAGCCCAGAUGAGUAUUUCAUUAACCGUCAAAAGUCAGAAUUUACUCAUGAAGACGAUCCUUUUAAUUUUAAAUCAGAGAGACAACCCUUCAUGUUGUUUCAAAAUAUGCACAUUGGCAAGGCUGAAUGGGACACUGGGGAUAAACUCAUGAGUUCUAAAUACUUAGGAGCAACCCUGCUUAACCCAAAUGAUGACCUUGAGGCUAACCUUCAUAUGGACUGAGGGAACAAUGACCAGCUUGAAGAACUACUCGGGCUGAAAUAAGCCAGAAAAGCCUGAGUCGGCUAAGAAAUUAAUUGAACCCCAAAUCAAGACUAAAAAGCCAACUCAGGAGAUUCAAGAAGAACAAAAGGAAGAGAUUGUCAAGAUUCGAGAGGAAAGAAAGGAACUCCCUGAAAUCACUGAGGAGAAGGAAUGCCCUAGUUUAUUGCUUACUGAGGGAACCCCUGAGUUUGAACUAGACCUUGAUAAUCUCGGCUCUGAUGAACCAUGGAGAAAUGAAGAAUUUCAAUUCAACUCGUGAGAUUAUAAGAUAACUACCCCAAUCAAAGAUGUACUUGAUGAUACCGAACAGACUCCAAAGAAGCGGGACCUAAAGAAUCUUCAAAAAUUGAAUGAGUACCAAGAAAUUGCCGAACCAAACACUUUAGAGAAAACUCCUACUGAAAAGUAUCUACCUGAGGAUGAUCUUAAUGUUGAUAAGAUCUCCUGUAGAGAAGAUUCUCUACAUGGACAAAAUGGCGAUACUUCAGAUUUAGAUUCACUUAAAAAUGAAGAAGCUCCUAUAAUCGUCAAGAUAGAGAGGGAUGUUUCCACUUCUGCCAAGAAACAGCCUUUAAAGAAGAUAUUGAAGAAACCUGAAGAUCCUUCUAAAAAGUCUAAAGCAAUCUUCAAUAUUUUAAAGAAAGAAGGAAAGACUAAGAAAAAGACCAAAAAGGUUCAUUUUACAUUCAAAGGUAUCGAGAAAGGAAGCUCAAAGAAGAAAGUAGCUAAGGAAAAACCUCCAAAAGCUAAGCUUCAACCAAAUAAGCAGCCGAAGAAAGAAGAGACAACUAUUGAUGUGAACUAUGAAAUAUCUGAACAAGGGUAUGAAAGACUCAAAAAUAAUCAAUGGCUUAAUGAUGAAGUGAUCAAUGCUUUCAUACAGCUGAUCAAUAAAGAACUUGCUGCUGGGAGAUACCUUACAAGAGAGGUUACUUUCUUACAGACUUAUGCAUGUCCGAUAAUUCUUGGCCUUGACCCAGAGAAAUAUGAGAAGAAGAUAUCAAAGCUUUUUAAGAAGGUGGAUCUUAAAAAGCAGCGCUGGAUUUACAUCCCUGUGCAUUAUCAAGAGAGCCACUGGCUGCUAAUUCUAGUAGAUGCAAAGGACAAAUAAGUUUAUUAUUGUUGAUUCUAUGAAGAGCUUAUCAUUUCCAAAAAGAUAUGAGAUUGUCAAAAAUAUCAAAAGAUUUUUUGAAAUUAAAUCAAAAUAACGAUGAACUGUACCCUUCUGCAAAGAAGAAAGCUACAAAGAAAUGGGGGUUAUGGUACAGAACUUGUACACAACAGCCUAAUGAUUACGAUUGUGGGGUUUUCCUAUGCCUAAAUAUGAUGAUACUCAGCUGAAAUUUACUCAAAUCAAUAUACUCAAAGAUCUAUUUCCCAGCCAACAAAUCUGAUGAAUACAGAGAAUUUAUUUGUCAAAGUCUGCAAAACAAGGAGCUUAGAAGAGAUUUCAAAGAUAUUAUUCAUGGAUAACAUACUAACCAAGAGUUCUACAAUAAUUCAACAU